UUAUCAAGGAGCCCUAUACUCUUGAAAUACGUUAGUAUUUUUGAAUAAAUUAACUUGGUUUCGUAGAAGCUUAAUUGCUCAGUCUAAAUUAUAAUAGCUUAUAAAUUUAGAUUUACAAAUCUGUUCCGUCACAGGAGUUUUAGCACCUUCACCACUACAGCGCUAACGUUUAAAAUGGCAGCGAAGGUAUCGAAAUCAGCUGGUAAGAAGUCCAAGCGUGCCAAGAAGGACCCGAACGCGCCUAAACGCGCACUAUCUUCUUAUAUGUUCUUUGCCAAGGAGAAACGCGCCGAACUCGUCCGCGAAAACCCCGACCUUGCCAGAGAUGUUGCCGCAGUCGGCAAACUUGUCGGUGCCGCCUGGAACUCACUCGAUGAAAGUGAAAAGGCACCCUAUGAAAAACUCGCUGAAGCCGACAGGGCCAGAUACGAAAAAGAAAAAGCCGCCUACAACAAAUAAUCUCAUCAACUCCCUUU